GCGGCUUUUUUGGUUCAGUCUGUAGGCUGCUGAAGACCGAGAGCUCAACCAGGAGGUGGAGUAGCGUUCCUCUUCCACUCGGCGGGACCAGGCUUUUGCUGCAAUGUUGUUAAUGAGCUGAAAUAACACUUUCGUUGACUGUAAUACAUGACAGCGCACAACAGACAUGGAGCUUCACCAAUCUGUGACCUUGUGGAUAUUUUAUUUGUGCCUAAUUGGAGAGAGCACAUCUGAUAAAGCAAGUUCCGCUACGCUGGAGAUUCAAAACGGCGAAAACGCUCUGUCAGAUUUUUGUCGCAUAGAUGAACCUUUGUGCAAAGAUGACAACGCCAUUCUCACCUAUGAGGCUAUCCGUAAUAUCCACAAGCAGAUGGAUGAUGACGCAAACGGCAACGUAGAUGUGGUAGAAACGGAUGGCUUCCUCCGAGAAGACCUUAACUACCAUGACCCCAAGGCCAAGCAUAACAGCUUUCAUGGCGAUGACCAGUUCAUCAGUGUGGAGGACUUGUGGAAUGCUUGGAAGGGCUCUGAAGUGUAUAAUUGGACAGUAGAUGAAGUGGUGGAAUGGCUCGUCGCCUACGUGGAACUGCCUCAGUAUGUGGAAACAUUUCGCAAGCUGGCUUUCAAUGGAAGUGUUAUGCCAAGACUUGCUGUGAAGAACGCCACACUGACAGUCUCUAUUAUGAAGAUUUUGGAUCGCAGCCAUGUGCAAAAAUUACAACUCAAAGCUUUGGACACUGUGCUUUUUGGACCACCCCUAGUGAAUCGACACAACCACUUGAAGGACUUCAUGCUGGUGGUGUCAAUUGUCAUAGGGAUGGGCGGCUGCUGGUUUGCCUACAUACAGAAUCGUUACUCAAAGGACCACAUGAAGAAAAUGAUGAAGGAUUUGGAGGGCCUGCAGCGAGCCGAGCAGAGUUUGCAUGACCUACAGCAGAAGCUCCAGAUUGCCCAGGAGGAGCAUCGGACGGUGGAAGUGGAGAAGGUGACCCUGGAGCAGAAGCUGAGAGAUGAGAUAAAUGCUGCAAAGCAAGAAGCUCAGCGGCUGAGAGAACUGCGAGAAGGAUCCGUGAAUGAACUGAGUCGGCAGAAGUAUGCCGAAGAAGAGCUGGAACAGGUCCGCAUGGCCCUCAAGAAAGCUGAGAAGGAGCUGGAGUCCCGGGGUGGCUGGUCACCACCAGAGCCUCUGCAGAAGUGGCUGCAGCUCACCCAUGAGGUAGAGGUGCAGUACUACAACAUCAAGAAGCAAAAUGCUGAACGGCAGCUCCUGGUGGCCAAAGAAGGGGCAGAGAAGAUAAAGAAAAAGAGGAAUACUCUCUUCGGUACGUUCCACGUGGCUCACAGCUCCUCGCUCGAUGAUGUGGACCACAAAAUUUUGGCUGCAAAACAAGCCCUCGGUGAGGUGACCGCUGCUCUGAGAGAGAGGCUGCACCGCUGGCAGCAGAUAGAGGUGCUUACAGGCUUUACUAUUGUCAACAACCCAGGCCUUCCCUCACUGGCCUCAGCCCUCAACCUUGACACCAGCUUCAUGGGCGGCAGAGCCACACCUCAGCACUUUGUCAUGUCUGACGACAUGGACGACUUGGACGAAGGCAUGGUGCCUGGAACUCUGCAAUAUGGCACACUGCAGCCGAGGCGGCGAGUCAGUGACCUGUGGCCCGUUACGUCAGAUUGCCAGUUCAUGAGGAAAUAUUCUGCUCCCAGUAUGAUGUCCCUGCGCAAACGCUACGUUGACCCUCAGCUGGCGUUGGGUUCCCAGAGGUUGGUAGAGAGUUCCCUGCUGGCAGGGCAACAGGGAGAGGGAAGCCUUUAUCCAUCUAAGCCUAGGCCUGCCUUUCUACAGGCCCGAAGCCAUUCGUUCGGGCAACUCGAAUGUCUUCCUCUGCAAACUCUCUCCUCAGCUGUCUCUCACCCAUCAGUCAUCUGUACUUCCAACCCAAACCCUCAGUCUGUACCAUCCUUGUCCUUUUCCUCCUCCUGCUUGCCAAGCACCGCUGCUGGCGGUGUUGCCCUUCAUUCCUCCCAUGUACAUCAUGCUGCUUUCCAGCCCAUGGACCCCAUUCCUGAUUACAUGUCUGAAGUUCGCUCCUCAUGCGGCGACAGCCUCGGGGACUUGAACCGUUCCGACUCCGACUCCUCGUUGUCCCUCUCACAAGUUGGCGAUCGGCUCUCAGCCUACAGCUCCAAAGGCCACCUAAUCAAGCCCACCUCUCUUAUUUACGGGCUGCCCGGACGCGCCGACGACACGGUCUCCCUGCAGUCCCUCAACUUCAACGGAGGGAACCGCAUUUACGAGGGAGGCGCCGCAGAGGCCGUUUCCGGCAGCCCGAUCCUCAUGAAGGAGAUUCCCCACAUGGAGAAGUCGCCCAGCCUGGGAGAGAUCAACAACCUCUCCGAGUCAUCCCGUUCUUUUAGCCCCAACUCGACCGAGCCAGAUACACCGUCCCCAACGGGAGGCCAAGCGGGAGUACCAGGAGCGAAAGGUAGCAGUCGCAUCCCCCAGCUGUCCACCAAGAAGAGUCCACUGGAGGAGGACAGCGGCUCAACAGGAGAAGACACAGAUCCCUCUGUCAUCCGCAAGAAACACCCCUUCAAAAUCUUCAAGAGACAGAAGAAAUAAGAGCAACAUGAACUGAAAGGCUAGCAAAGCUGCUUGACUGUAUUCCUCUGUAUUUUUCUUUUUUUUUUUUUUUUUUUUAAAUGUCUGGGGUUUGAUUAUGGUCAAACGAUGGCACAAUUUGUUGCCAUUGCAUCUUUUUUUUUCUGUAGGUUACAACACCUAUUUUGGACUGUGGGAGCAACCAGCUGUUUUUGCUUUAUCUGCUUAUUUGGUCAGUGUUGCAACCUGAGGGCAGCCGUUAGGUCUGUAUAUUGGAAUGUAAAGUAUUAUUUAUUCCUGCAGGAAGUUGUGCCAGUCUGAAAGGGAAACUUCUCCCUCUUGUUUUUUUGUUUUUCUUUUCCUUGUUCUACAAUUUGAAAUUUUGCAUGUCUUCACUUCUGUUUGGCUGACAUGCUUUUAGUGUUCGCUCAGUUCUUGUUGUUAUCCAGCUUAGAAAAAAGAAACACUUGAUAUAACUUUGAUUACUACCUAACCGCCUGUCCUACAAAUCCAAAUGAAUGCACACUGUUUUUCGUGUUUUGUUCUUUUCCUUAAACUGGUAAGUACACUGUCAUUUGUUGUCUUGCAGGCAGAAUAUAUAAUACAUUUAGGGGAACUUAAAACACUAUAGAGAAGUGUUGUCUAUCCCAAAAUGUUACUAUUUAAACACAGAGUGUCAGAAAGGGUGAGUAGAUGGAAUUUGCUAGAUCAUUUGCUAAUAAUGUUACACAAUGACAAUCAAAUUGAGGGUGAGGGCAUUUGUUUUGUUUUUGAAUACUUAUUUUUUCACUCUAUACAAUAUUGCUUUAAAUUCCAGCUUCAUUAACCUUUAACUUCUGAUUAAAUUUAAUUAACUGGAUCAUAAUACUUGACAAAAAUACAUGAGCACAUGACAUCGACUGGCUUUUUUUUUCUUCCCUCAUGACCCUAUAAACCUGCAUGUGUACCUGGUAUAAAUGAAAAUGUCAUUGAGAAAACUUUUGAACAUUUUCAACAAUUUAUUUCUGUUAAUUUUGAGAAUUCGAAAAUUAUGGUUUACAGCUAAUGACAAUCCUGAAUUCAGUUUUUUUAGAAAAUGUGCAUAUUACAUUAGAUACAUUGAAAUGGUUUCAAUACAGAAAGGUUAUGUUAAGGCCAACAAUAACGGGGAAGGCUGUUGAGUUUAAAACAUUUUUUCCACCAGUCAUUCAUUGACACAACCCACAUGUAGGGUAAGCGACAAAAGGUUAUUGCCAAAUAAAAUGUAACGGGGAUAAAGCCUUGAGAGCUUUUUACAUAUAUUGUUGCUUAACCUGCUGUCAGUCUCUGUCAAUGGGGCUGUCUUUCCUAAGAUAUUGUAGGUCAUAAAAUGUAUGCAUUGAAACAAAAACUAUGUAAUAAUGUAAUUUUUAAAGAAACUGGAUUUCUGGGUUUUUGUUCGUUAUGAUUUAUAAUCAUAAAAAAGACGAAAAAACAGCUUAAAUAGAGCUCCGUGAAUGAAUAUGAGUUUCAGUUUUUGAACAUGACUAAUGAAUUAUUUUCUUUGACGCACUUGUUUGUUUUAUUUCACAUUUUGAGGCGCUCAGUUUGUUUAGAACGGUAACGCUUUAAACUGCUGGUGUUCUGUGUCUUACAGAUCCCCCUUUUUUUCUUGCUUUGGUUCAAUGUAACAUAAAAGCGAGGGAUGGCUGUUGGUAAGGGCUAAAAUUACAAGGACAUUUAUUUGCUCAGUUCAAGAAAAACAAUGUGCUAUUUAAGAUUACUUUUUAUAAAAGACAGCUGUCAAGUUGUGGAGUCAAAGCAACCAAUCAUGUAAAAGUGCCAAAUCUCUUGUUUUCAUCAGAGGCCUUCAUAUUUGUGGUGUGUUUUAAUCCCUUGAGCCCUUCUUACCCAGAAUACCGAAAACUCCAUGAUGUACACCUCCCCUGCACUGUACAUCCAGAGUGUCGAUGCUGAAUGUCCACGAGUAUUGUUACUGUAACAGUACCAUAGGUACACCAUGUUUACAUUUGUUACAGAUGAGUUCAAUUCUCAGAUUAUUGCAACACAGAAUGUUGUGCCAGUUUUUAAUGCAAGUUGCUUCGUUUUAAGCACAGAGCUAUGCAUCAGUAGUUGUAGUUGGUUUACGAAGUAGUGAGGACACCAGUGCUUUUUAGGGUGCUCCUUAUAAAACGAUCAACCAAAAAGUGCUGCAGAACACAGUUUCUCUCCCCCUCGGCCUCAUAAUGUAACAGGUGGUUUGGAUGCAAAAGACGCGUUUUAAGGACUUUAUUUUAAAAAAAGCCAUCUUAAAAAAAUAACUGUUUUCUUACUGGUACUUUUUUAGCGCCAUUUCUACCUUUCUCGUUUUUUUUCCCUCCCCCUGCACGACAGCUGUAAAUUGAAAAUGCCAUCUGAGUGCGUGCGUGCGAGUGUGUCUGUCUCUUCCCAGUAUAUUGCACUGUACUGUUGAUGCAUGUCAACUAUCAUAACAAAACCUAUAUUGGGUUAAAAGAAUGGAUCAGCUUUAGCGCUAACCUCGCUAUCCAACUUUUCUUCUCAUUUUGAGCAUAUAUUUAUGAAUACAUGCAGUAUAUUUGUACAGAGAAAGUGAUAAUUUUGCAUCUGUGGUGGUCUAGACUUUGAUGGCACUCUUGCAUGAUAGCAAUAAACUAUUUUGAAUGAAAAACUGAUUUUUACUCAUUUGUAAUUUGGACUUGCAGAAUCUUAGAUUUUUUUUCUGUUUUUUUUUUUUUUUUUGCUUUUUGAAAUAAUGUAAAAGGUUAACUUGUUAUAUAAAAAAAGUUGAGAGACUUGCAUUUCAAGCAUACAGUGACUUGCAAACGCUUUUAUACUCUUUGAACCUUAAACUUUAAUGUAUUAUACUGGGAUUUUAUGUGAUGAACAAAUACAAAGUAGAGCUUCAUUGUGACCUGGAAGGAAACUAAUAUAUGCUUAUGUUUUCUCUUUUGUCAAAUAAAACUCAAAAGUGACAUGCA